GAUUUGGCUCAUCACUAAAGCUUCAAUUAGAGUGUGGUAUAAUUGCUCUGUUGUUCCUCCUGGUCUGCAGGAAGGCACAGUACCAAUCGAUACUUCAUUGCCUGCUCUUUCACAAUGAAGGCCAUGGAGGAUCAAGUAGUCCAAGAAGAAUCUGGAUACCAGGAUGAUGAGGAAUCCUUUUUUCAGGACAUUGAUCUGCUACAAAAGCAUGGGAUUAACGUGGCAGAUAUUAAAAAACUGAAGUCAGUUGGGAUCUGCACUAUCAAAGGAAUCCAGAUGACAACAAGACGAGCACUGUGCAGUGUAAAAGGGCUUUCAGAGGUCAAAGUGGACAAGAUUAAAGAAGCUGCAAAUAAGCUGAUUGAGCCAGGCUUCCUAACUGCAUUUGAGUACAGUCAAAAACGGAAGAUGGUAUUUCAUAUUACUACUGGCAGCCAGGAAUUUGACAAACUUCUAGGUGGUGGGAUUGAAAGCAUGGCAAUCACUGAGGCCUUUGGAGAGUUUCGGACAGGCAAAACACAGCUGUCUCAUACCCUUUGUGUGACAGCUCAGCUGCCGGGGCCCGACGGCUACACGGGUGGAAAGAUUAUCUUCAUUGAUACUGAAAACACUUUCCGACCAGACCGUCUCCGUGACAUUGCUGACCGUUUCAACGUUGACCACGACGCAGUCCUUGACAACGUGCUGUAUGCACGUGCAUACACGAGUGAACAUCAGAUGGAAUUGCUUGACUAUGUAGCAGCCAAGUUCCACGAGGAAGCUGGUAUCUUCAAGCUACUGAUCAUUGACUCCAUCAUGGCACUCUUCCGUGUGGAUUUCAGUGGUCGUGGAGAGCUGGCUGAACGACAACAGAAACUCGCUCAGAUGCUGUCCAGGCUCCAAAAAAUAUCAGAAGAAUAUAACGUGGCUGUGUUUGUGACCAAUCAGAUGACCGCUGAUCCAGGAGCAACUAUGACCUUUCAGGCAGACCCAAAGAAGCCCGUUGGGGGCCACAUCCUUGCUCAUGCUUCAACUACCCGAAUUAGUUUGAGGAAAGGGAGAGGGGAGCUGCGUAUUGCAAAGAUAUACGACAGUCCUGAGAUGCCUGAAAACGAAGCCACAUUUGCAAUAACUCCUGGAGGGAUUGGAGAUGCCAAAGAAUAGGCAGAAAACUCAUGUACAUCAGCUGUACAUGCAAACGUACAGCUGAUAACCACCAAGGCAGUUAGUUGGGAGGAAGAUUUGUGCAAGGUUGCUGUCUCCCCGACUGCAUUUUUAUCUUCUUGGAACAAUUUGAGAGGAUUUGGGAUAAACUGCGUGCUUCAGUGUUAUUCAUCUUAACAGAAGUUGGUUUGUUUUGGGUCUUCUCUUUUCAAUUGACAAUAAAUAGCUGAUGGAAACGGCAAUGGCAGGAGCAAGAGCCCAGGAAUUUUGUGGAGUUUCACGUGCAAAAGGAUGGAAAAUUAAAAAUGACCUGAAAUACUUUCAUGUUGACCAGAUUAUUUAUUAAUGCACUUUUACUUUUUGGAGAGAAUGACCUCAGGUUUACACAGUAAUAAAGAUGUAAAAUCA